CGAUUCUCUGGGAAUGGGCAGUGUGGCGUGGGAGGGAGCGUUUGAUUAAGGAUGAGAGAUCUUGUAUGCCAUCGGGCCAUGAUUUGGAAAUUUGUGGGAAGUGUGUCAGGCAUAGCCGGCCUGGUUUGCUUUGGUUUCAGCUCCACCUACAAAAUCUCAUUUGGAAAGCUUGGUAUUGGCGGUCUCCUUCUUUAUCUAUUCGUCGGGGUAAUCAUAUGGAGCCUCAUCUUGUGGGGCAAGAGAAUUCGAGUUUCAGAGAAAUUCCGAGGCCCUGUGGCAGCUCUAAUAUUUGAUGUGAUCUGUUUGAUCUCCGCGGUGAAUGAAAAACUUCUUCCUGCAAAAUCAGAUGCUUUGAGCAUUAUCUCGUAUGGUUCAUUUGCCUUGAUGUCGCUGUCCAUGUCAAGGAAGUUUGAGCUCGGAUUCGAAACUGGCUUUUCCACCUUUUUCCUGACAUUAUUUGCCACACAACUAUUCAAAAUCAACUGGAUCCUCUUACCUAUUGCAUUAGUUUUCUGCUCCCUCAUCGUUAUUCUUCGCCACUACUCAGAAUCUGUAGUACAGGAGGUUGGUCCCAUCAGUCCAAGUGACCAUCUUCACGUUGAUGUUGGUCCUUCAGAUGGCAAUGAGUGGCAAGAUUCCUCAGGGGUGGGAGAAGUUUCGGGGCAAAGCCAAUUAUCACGGCGGGGAGGGGUUGGCAAAGGUUUGUACAAGAAUGAGAAGGCGCAAAGACUAGCCCGGCGACAUUGGCUUGAAGCUGUUGACCCAUGUCAUCGAUAUGGUCACAAUAUAUUGCUCUAUUAUAAUGUCUGGCACAGAAGCCAAAGCAGCCAACCCUUUUUCUACUGGUUGGAUGUAGGAGAAGGCAAAGAAGUGAAUCUUGAGAGAUGUCCAAGGAGCAAACUUCAACACCAAUGCGUUAAAUACCUUGGACCAAAAGAAAGGGAAGAAUAUGAAGUUAUUGUUGAAGGGGGCAAGCUAGUGUAUAGACAAGAUGUGCCCGCAGUAGCAGGGAGAUUAGCGGCUCAUGAGGGUGUUCUUAAGGUUAUUUGGCUUGAUAGCGCAUACUACCUCCCUACAGUAGAGAGUUUCAGAGAAGUCAUUAGCUUUCUUGAGGAGCACAAUUUAGAUCCCUCCGCUGUUAUUAGUAAGAAAACCUUAGCCCGUUUCGGAUUAGCUCAUACCCACACCACAAGAGCUGAGAUUGAAAAUAGACGGCAGAUGAGAAAAGCAGAUCUGAGGGAAAACGAUGAAGGAGACGAAGCCAAAGAUUCCAACUCUGUUACAUCGUUGGGAACGUUUCGGAAAAAGUCCAACGUUGUCCCACCGUAA